UGUUGCAAAAUUUAUAUAAACCCAAGGAACCAGCGCGGCUUGUCAUUAGACACACAAGCGGUCAGUCUGUGAAGGCACGCACAUCACAGCUUCACCUUGCAAUCGCUUCGCAGCGUGCUAUUGAAUUCGGUCGAAACCAUUCAUUCGUUCAGUGGAAACCGCAACAAAUAAGUGACAGUUGCAUUUUUUAAUUUUUCUGAAAAGGCAAAGGGCGACACUUUUUUGUGACGUGCUUUUAGUUUUUUUAACCGAUUUCGAAAUUGGAAUCGGUAUGUGAACCUUUUUUGAAAUUUGCAACGUGGUGUUAUUGUCAAGAAACCUUUUUUUUUAAUCGAAGUGAUAUUGUUUUGUGGACGUCGUCAGUUUAGUUGGACUAAUCGAAUCCGUGAUUAACGGAACGAAAAUAUUCGUUAAUAACGCGUCCGAAUACACGGAAUUCACAACAAAUGGAUGAAUGUCAUUAAAACUCAAUAAAUACGUGAUUUACGUGAUUAGUUGAUGUGAAACAUAGUUGGCUGUUAUACAAGCGCAUAUCUUCUUAGUAGCCUGUGUUUAGUGUUCGAUCAAUUUAAACUGUAUCGAGUUAUCUUUUAAAAGAAUAAUUUAAGAAAUAAAAAUGAAAGACUUCGCUCAAAUUUGGAAUCGAGUGACGACUCGAAGGUACUCGAAUGUGAACCUUGGUGAUAGAGAAUUGUGUGACUUAUCAACGAAUAGAUUGAAACGAUCGGAUUUGAACACUUUUGAGUUGAAUUUUGCUGAGUGUGAAGGUUUGAACAAUAAAUUUAACGAUGACUUGGAUUUCAAUGAAAGACGGGACGCCAUCAUCAACAGACUGUUUGAGAGGCGGAAGAAGGGGCAAGUGGCGCGGCAGCCGAAAUGUCUGUUCCUGUUUCUGAUGCUUGGCUUCUUCGCACUAACAGCCGGCUGUUUUGUCUUGUUCCUACAUCCAUACGACUUCUUGUUCAGACAGAAAGUGGUGUUACAAGAUGGCGGUGAAAUAUUCGAGAUGUGGAGGAAGCCAGAAGUGGAUUUAUACUGCAGAGUAUACCUGUUCAAUGUCACCAACGCAGAAGAAUACAUGGCUGGCAAAGAAGAUAAGAUCAAGGUGAAAGAAGUUGGGCCUUAUGUGUACAAAGAGGGAUUGGAACACGAAAUAACGGGCUUCAAUGAAAAUGGCACCCUAUCCGCUAUACCCAGACAUCCUCUGACCUGGGUCGAAGAGCUGUCCGAAGGGAACAGGGAGGACGACAUCUUGUUUCUCCCUCACAUAGCAUUGUUGAGCAUAGCCAACGUGGUGGCGCAGAAGGACUUCGUGACCAGGUUCGGGCUAAACAACCUCAUCACCCUCACGGACAGCCAGCCCCUGGUGAAGAUGACAGCCAGGGAGUUCAUGAUGGGCCACGAGUCCAAGCUGAUGACCCUGGGGAACACCUUCAUGCCCAACUGGAUAUACUUCGACAAGCUGGGGCUUAUUGAUAGAAAACUGAAAUCUGGAGCCCUUAAAGAGAGGCGUGAAGAAGCAUUUUUGCAUGCCGGCAAGAUGUACGAUUUCAACGGCGACUACGAAACUAUAUACACGGGUGCUACGGACGUCUCUCAGUCAGGGUUAAUAGACACAUACAAUGGGUCACCUAAUCUACCACAGUGGAAGGGAGAACAUUGCUCCAAUGUACGAGGGUCUUCAGAUGGCACCAAGUUCAAAGGGGCGUUGGAUAGAAAUGAAAGCGUUCUGUUCUUCAGGAAGAGUUUGUGCAGAGCUGCACCUUUGAUACCAGUGGAAGAAGGCACGAGAAGUGGCUUAAGAGCUUACAAAUACAUUUUCCCAGACAACAUGUUGGAUAACGGCAAAUAUGUAGAGGAGAACAAAUGCUUCUGCAGAGAAGGCAAAUGUCUCCCGGACGGUCUAAUAGACGUGACCGACUGUUACUACGGAUUCCCUAUAGCACUAUCCUACCCGCAUUUCUAUAAAGGGGAAGAUGUCCUCUUCGAGAAGGUUGAAGGCCUACAGCCUGAACAGGAGAAACAUGAGACUAGGUUUUGGAUCCAGCCCGAGUCAGGCCUUCCUUUAGACGUGAGCUCCAAGUUCCAGAUCAACAUGGCACUGUCCGACCUAUCCAACAUACAGAACACUGGGAGAUUCUCCAAUAUGUACCUGCCUUUGCUCUGGUUCGAUAUUCCGAACGCGCUAACCACUUGCGCCAUCGAAUAUAUUACGUUUAUCUACUAUAUAAAAAUAAGUCGGGUUUUCCUUCCUGACGCUAUAACUCCAGAACGCACGAACCGAUUUCCACAGUUUUGCAUUCGUUGGAAAGGUCUCGGGCUCCGAGGGAGGAUGUACUCCUUGACACCAUCACUGGAACAGAGAUUCAAACUCUACCUCAACAUUCUACCAGUCGUGGAAAAAGUCGCAAUGUACCUCCUAUUUUUAACUGGCGCCAGUCUCAUACUAACCACAGUAUAUAUUCUAACAUUCAAGAUUAUGUUCAAAACUUUCGACCAGAAGAAACAACGCAACAUCGCGAUCGGAACAGAAGUAUGGUUAGAAAAAGAAGGAAAGAGGAAGAGCAGAGACAAUAUUGCAUGCGAUAUACCUCUUAAUGAUUCAGAAUCGGAUACUUCAGAUCCACAAUUCGAUCCAGAUAGAAGACCGUCGCUAUUAAAAAUACACGGUGAUAGAAUAAAAGUUUUAAGUCAUAAACUUAGCGAUAGAAUGUACGAUUCAGUUGGUAGCGUAAGAGAUAAAGUCAGAGAUGAGUUCACGCACGUUAAACAUAUAUUUAACGAGAAAAGAAAUUCUCUUAUCAACGAAUCUAAGUCAAAUGACGCUUACAAAAGCGAUUCAGGCGAAGAUGAUGAAGAAAACGGUUAUGCAGCAGUAGGGCAAAGCGAUAGUGAUGAUGAAUGUAAAUAUUUAGAAGUAGUAGAUGAUGGUAGCGUAUUCGAUAGAAAUGCGCCGUACAAACAGAACAACAAAAGGUUAGAGCAGCUACAGAAUUUAGAUUCAAGAACAGAUGAUGAUGGUGAAUUACUUCAUAUAUCUGAUUAAAUGUUGACUGCUUUUAAGUUAUGUUUAAAUUAUUAAUACAGGUAGAUUACAGCUACUUUCAAUAUGAAUCUCUUAUGCUGAAUUUCAUGUAAAUAAUUCAUCAAUGUCUUAGAACGUCUCAUUAUGUAAAGCUAUAUUUUUUUGGGUUUUAAUCUACCACAUCUUUAUUUAGUUGCCUAUUUCAUUAAAUUGUAAUAAUGGAAACACUCGAAGAUCAUUCCUGUUAUUCCUUAAUGAGGCGUUCAGUAUAGAUAAAUAUCAGUUUACCGUGGCUCAACCCGUUUUUGGGAUAGCAUCUAUUCCAAAAUCGCAAUAGUUUGUAUGGCAUCCAAGUACUUAAGACAUCCCCUUCGAUAAAUAGCUUAGACUUUAUACGACUUGAUGUGGCUAUGAUUUUGACUGCCGUCUUCUGGUCCAGAUGAAGUACCUAUUUUCGUCUUUCGAUUAAUGGAUGUAUCUCUUUAUCGUUAAGUUUACCGUGAGACUCUCUAUUUUCUUUUUCCCUUUAGCAAAUUUUUGUUAUCAGAACCAUUGUUUUAGUCAUUAACAUUGCGAUGAAAUUAAGUUACCUAAAUGUAGUAGUUUCACUAUCGCGUAAAGCUCAUAGUGAACGAUUUUUGAUAUUUUAUUUGUAACCAACUUUAUUACACACACAUUUCUUUUGAUUCUUAUAAUUUGAUGCAUUCUUAAAAGGGAAAUUAGAAAGCUCUGCUUAUUCAUAUCUCUUGAACGUACCUUAUUACUAUUAUGUAAAUGUGAUGACUGAUUAUUAGUUUUGCUCAAACUCCUUAGGUUAAGUUUCAAUUGGCCAUAUUGAAUUUGUCUUGCCAUCUAUCGGAAUUACCUGUUAGAUCAGAAUUUAUGAUACUGUGUAGGAAUAAAUCAGAUAUUGUACACUUUUUAAACUACCAAAACUACAUUAGACGACGAUGUUUUUUCUUAUAAUUAUAUAAAACAUUUCCGUUGUCAAAUGCAAUUUUAUCAUCGUAGAUGAUUAUAGUUUGAAGGGAGAAUGGGCGACCCGUAUUAAAAAUCUACUCAACAUUGACGCCGUUUGUGCUUUUAAUAGAUCAAAACUGUGCAUAGUUUAGAUAGAAUUAAAAAUAGCAGUAAACAAAAAAAACAUUAAAAUAUUACCUAACGCUUAUAUAUUGUGUAUUACACAAUUCAAUUAUUUUUGACCCUUUCACGAAGAUCUCGGUCAUCUACACAUUUAUUGUAUAUUAAAAAACAUAAAUGCUUUUUGAAGUUUAUGAAAUGUGCUUUUCAUCGUAAAUCGGCUAGUCAAUGUACAGUAGAUUGAUCAACUUGCCCAUUCUUCUUUGUGAAAGAUGUGCCAGUUUAUUAAACAUUUUCCAUAAUCAUCUAAAGUUCCUAUAAUUUUAUUUGUAUUUAAUACUAAUUUAGAUACAAAUUGCAUUCCAUCGCACAUUUAUUUUGAACCUUGAAAAAUGCAAAUUACAAUUUUUAAAUAUUGAAAACUCUUUGGUUAACUUGGCAUAUUGAUAUUAUGCUCGUAUAGAAUUGAUCAAAACCAGCAAUAGUUUUUCUAGAAGCAUUUGAAUCUAUACAACAAAGCUUAUUAAUUGGUUAUUUAUGAAAAAACUGAUAUGAUAAAAUCUCUAAAUGUUUGUGUCAAUUUCAACCCCUGAAUUUCGGUAAUUUAUCGUAUAUAUUUUUGCUGUGCCAGUGAAUUUAAAUGGAAAUCGGUAAUUACCCUAUCAAAAGUGUCUAAUGAACAAGUUAUGUCUGAUAUGAACAAAUUAUCUAAUAAUUUCAUUCUUCGAGAUAGGCAUUUUAAUUCCAUUUCUAUGUACUCUUAAUUUUUACUGUUAAAAAUGUAUAUUAUUUAUUUAGUAUUUGUUAAUUUUGGGAAAUCAAUCCAUUAUGCGAUCCCUAGACACUUUUGAUGUGUAUAUUAUGCCAAUAAAUAAAUGGGCUUGAAUAUUGCCACUCUACUUAUUUAAAACAAAUAUUGUUAAUUGUAAAAUCUCAUUUUAUCGGAAUUACCAUAUAGGUAGAACAUUAAAAUAUAUUUUGAUUUUCACGUAAAAACGGCAUCCUUGCCUAUUCAAAGACAAUUUUGAAAACAAUAUGAGAUUAUAAAAUUUUAGGAACACAUUAUGUUUAAAUAAUAUAAAUUUUCCUAAAUUAUUAUUAUUUAUUACGCUUAUGCUCUUGCCUAUUAAAUAAAAUAAAAAAAUGCUCAUGCAGCACUUUACUAUAAGACUUUUUGUAAGCCAAUACUUUUAUUGUGAUAAAAAUAAUAAUUAAAUAAUAAAAUGAAUUGUAUAAAUUGGGAAUAUCAAGUUAUUAGUUACUAAGGGUACCAUUUUGUAAAUAUAAUUGCGCCAUAUUUCUAAAUGUUAUUUUAAUUACCGAACUUUAAGCGUAUUGAAUAUAAAUAAAUUAGUCAUUUAAGUGUGUAAAAUAUAAUUUUACAAAGAUUUUAAAUAAUGGUUUUUCGGUAAUUAAUUUUAAUGUUUUUUGAAAUAGUAAUAAAAUUUAUUUUCAUAUUUUGUAUUAUUACUAUGAUUAUUUUCGAUAAUAAAUAAGUGGUAUUGUUAAGUAUUUAUCGAAUUAAGUUGGCACUUGGUGAACUACUUAUAAAAAUAUUAUUGAAAAUAAAAAGAAUAUAAUACUUAUUAUAUUUGUUUUCUUUUCUUUCUACACGUGUGUCCUAUAAAUACAUAAAUAUUGAAAUGAGUUUUCAUCUAUCAUCAUCACCUGACUAUGUCCCUACUGCUGGGGCACAUACCUUCCAUAUGAAUGGGAAUGGAGACUGGGUCAUAAACCACCACGCGGGCCCAGUGCGGACCGUGCUAACGACUGCAGAUGCAACCGGAAGCAACGGCUUAACGUGCCUAACGAAACCCGGAGGAGCUCGAGAUAAUAAAUUUUGGUCAACCAUCCAAUGAUAGACGCUUGCAAAAAUUGCUACAAGCAUUCGUCAAUAACAUUUCAAUCCAUCCUUCAAUUUUAAGCGAAUAAUUGAACAUCAAGUUCUCAUAUUGAACGCAAGAGAAUAAAAACUUUGGAAAUACUUUGAUGUAAUUAAUUUCAUUUUAUUGCAACGUAACAUUUUAUUAACACAUCUCUAGUACACAUUUAUUUCAAUAAAAUAAAUAAAUAAAAAGGAACAUAAAUUGAACAUUGAUAUGGAGAAAGAAUCAAAUAAGAAAUACGUCGUACAAGAAUUUCAAACCGUUCAUGAUAUAUUCCGUUUUUAUGAUACACCAGACCAAGUAACCGUAAAAUAAUAUUUGCACUGCCUUGUCCAGUAUCACCAUU